ACUAUUUUGUUGACCAAAGCAGUCAGCAAAUAAUAGCUGAAAAACACGAUCUAGGAGCCUAAUAAAAGGAGAUACAUGAUCUUCUCUGACAUUCCAACUCAGGGAAUAUGCAGAAACAAGAAGAGAAAAAACAAACAAACUUCAACUAUUUUAAAUCCAAAUUACUUGAGCAGAUUUAUUGAUCUUGCAGUUGAAACUUGGAAAUAAGUGUAUUAAAAAUCAGCAUCACUCAAGCAAUCUGAAUGGGUCUAUUAGCUAAAGCAAUUUUGUGCUUCCUUCUGAUUCAUCUUUCAUUGUCGUCUGGUUCAGGUUAUGAGCAGGGAAAUGAAAACAAUAUACAAGGAGAAGGACUGAUGGUUAGGAUUAACAGACGACUAAGCCGAGGUGGGGGCGGUGGUGGUAGCGGUGGUGGUGGUCGAUCAUCAUCGUCGUCGUCUUCAUCAUCUAAUAAUGGUAGAAGUGGUAGUGGGGUGGCUUCCAAUAAGACACCUACACCUAACACUUCAACUAAUAAAAACAAUAAUGGAGGAGGAGGGGGGGCUGCCACGGUUCCUUUGGUCACUGGCGGGGUAAUUGGAGCUGGUGCGGUUGGCCGCAACAACAAUCACAAUCGCAAUCGAACUUCGUCUGCAUCUCCGAUCGACUACAACAGCAACAAGAUUGGUUUAUUAGCUCCGUUGAUAGUUGGUCUCUUGUUAGCGGUAUAGAACCGAGUUUGUAGUUGUUGUCCAGACAUUUUUGUUUAUUUUAUUGUUUAUGUCAUCCAGUGUGUAUAAUUAUUAUUUUUUCUAUGGGUAUGUAUAAUUGUAAAAGUUUGACAUGGUAACUUGUUAUUGUGAAUGUGAAAGUAAAUUUAGAGUACGAA